UUGUUCAAUUGAACAAUUACAGCGAAAGUAUUGAAGAGUCCAAGAAUAUCGUAAUAGGAUAUGGAGUCGCAAAUUACAGCAUUUUUCAAGGACAAAACCGUUUUAAUAACCGGCGGGACUGGGUUUUUGGGUCGAGUAACCAUUGAGAAGUUGCUACGGUCAACAGAUGUAGCAAGAGUCUACGUGCUAAUGCGACCCAAGCGUGGAAAGAGUAUAAAAGAACGCUUUGAGUCAUGGAGAACAAACUCUUUAUUUGGUUUACUACUCAAAACUAAACCAAAUGCACUGGACCGCAUUGUUUCCAUUUCUGGCGAUUGUGAAGAACCAGACCUGGGGAUUAGUUUAGCAGAACGUGAGAUUCUGAGAAAGGAGGUGCAAGUGGUGAUUCAUUGUGCAGCCACAGUUAAUUUUGUUGAGCCGUUGCACAAAGCCCUGGAUAUUAAUGCUCGUGCUACUCGCCUCAUGCUGGAACUGGCCAGGGAAAUGAAUAAUCUGAAGGUUUUUGUGCAUGUCUCAACGGCUUUCAGCAACUGCGUAAUCCAUCACAUUACUGAACAUUUCUAUCCCGGACAUUUGAACUGCACUGUGGACAAAGUCUUAGCGGUGAGGGAACUUUGUGACAACACCGUUAUCGACGAAAUGACGUCGGCUCUAUUGGGAAAGUUUCCCAAUACAUAUACCUAUACAAAGGCUCUUGCCGAACAGUUAAUUCAAACGGAGUCACGCCAAUUGCCAGUUUGCAUUUAUCGACCUGGUGCAAUUAUGGCAACGAGCCGGAAUCCGAUGCCAGGCUGGAUAGACAAUAUUUACGGACCUGUAGCUACAAUCUACGGAGCCACUAUGGGCGUUCUUCGAGUUGCACCUGUAAAUCUUGAUGCGAAUUGUGACAUUGUGCCUGUUGACUUUUGCGCCAAUUUAAUUCUUGCUUGCGCAUGGCAAACGGCUAGGGAAUUCUCUGAAUGCGAAGCAGAACAGUCCCCUCCAAAAAUAUACAACCAUGUGCCUCAUGCUAAAAAUAUGAUUACCAAUCGUAGCUUGAUUAAUGCCACCGAGCGCUUACGAUUGAUAUGUCCAUUGGAGCAGUCAAUUUGGUAUCCGUUUCUACAUACAACGACCACUAUUUGGCUUUUAAAACUGGCUUACAUAUUUUACCAUUUGCUUCCUGGUUAUAUCAUGGAUCUUGCACUACGCUUUCGCGGUCAAAAGCCUCGUAUGAUUAAAUUGUAUAACAGGAUACACGAAGCUAUCGAUGCAACAUGUUAUUUCAGUAGCCAAAGUUGGUCAUUUGAAACACAUAAUACUGACCAAUUGUGGCAGUCGCUCUUGAUAGCAGAUAAAGAGAAUUAUGAAUUUGAUAUGCAGCAUCUUAAUUGGGAUAAGUUUUUCGAACGUGUAUUAACUGGUAUGCGACUCUAUUUGGGCAAAGAGGAACCAACUGAGGAAAGUAAGCAACGUGGUCUUAAGCACAUGAAACGCCUCACACUAUACCAUCGGAUACUGCAAUUUGUCCUUUGCUGUGGUGCCGCAUUUAUUGUGAAGUGGUUCAUAUGCUUAUUCCUUUAAGUGGAGUGUAUGGUACUAUAUACAUAUGUACAUAUAUAAUGACUAAAGUUUUUUUUUGUAUUAGAACGUAUUUGGUUGGUAAUUUUUGUUAUGUUUUAUUGUCAAUACACGCGCCUUACACGAACUUCGAUCGCUAUUAUAAUUUUACUCUGAA